AUGGCCGACGCUCCUAUUACCUUGCGGACGCGCAAGUUCAUCCGCAACCCUCUUCUUGCCCGCAAGCAGAUGGUCGUUGACGUCCUCCACCCCAACCGCGCCAACGUCUCCAAGGAAGAUCUCCGCUCCAAGCUGGCUGAUCUCUACAAGGCCAACCAGGACCAAGUCUCCGUCUUCGGUUUCCGCACUCAGUAUGGUGGUGGCAAGAGCACUGGUUUCGCCCUCGUCUACGACUCCCACGAGGCCCUGAAGAAAUUCGAGCCUCACUACCGUCUCGUCCGUAUCGGUGCUGCCCAGAAGAUUGAGAAGGCUAGCCGACAGCAACGCAAGCAACGCAAGAACCGUUCCAAGAAGUUCCGGGGUACUGCCAAGACCAAGGGCCCCAAGAAGAGCAAGGAUUAA